AGUCUUGUCUACCUUUGUCACGGAAGGGCUAACACCUCUAUGUAAAGGUGGGGUCAUCUGGACCCCAUAAGAGAGCACAAGGGUUAAAGAUGUUUUGUCUCAAAUUUCUUCUGUUACAAACAAGAAGAUACGCUUUGGAGGCUGGAACAUUGUCAGACAGAGUCCUCUGGACUGACAUCACCAGGCCCCACCCAGGAGUCAGGUCUGGGAGGCGGGUUUGUAAGUGAGUGCCAGGUGGCUGAGCCUCCUCCCAAAGGACAUGGCCAGGCUCACCCUGAACAUGGAACUGUCUUCCUCUUGUUCCACCACCUGCUGGAAUCCACACUUCCAGCCGGUGUCAUGAUUUUGGUGAAGGGAAAGAGAAGGAAUGCUUUGACCAGCACAGUGAUUAAAUUAAAGUUUUCUGUUCCUUCUUCUGUCAUCUGUGGCUGGGUCCUUUCAGUAGAUCUCCAGCCUCUGUAGAAACUACACUCUCAGUGACCUCAAUUAGAAAGUAGAACUCAAGUAAUUUAUAUACAAACAAAAACACAAUACAGAAAAUUAGCUUAAGGAAAAACAAAAUUUGCAGAUGUUAUAAAUCAAUUAAAUACAAAAACUGUUCAAAAUGUAUGUACUUGAUAACAUUUAAUUCUAAAAAAAAAAAAAAAAAAAAAAAAGUAGGAGUGUGAGCAGAUAUCAGUCUUCAGCUGUAUGCAGGUAGACACUCCCAUCACAUUUUUACAGGCACAAACCUGGUUGUGGUUUUGAUCAUGUGAUCAUGUUUCCUAAGGCUGUUGUCACUUCAGAGGACCAAUCAAAUGCUGUCUUGUCUCUAUAAGUGUGAAAUAUCGUCAGUUGUAUUUUCAUUCAAGUCGAGAGUCAGGCCAUGAUGGCUUCUAACCUUUUUGUGUUCUUUUUGCUUGUAGGAACAAAUGGUGAGUCAUGUUUUUUAUUUUUUUUUUAUUUGCAUGGAUUCUCAAGAACUUUUGUACAUUUCUUCUCUUUGUGAUUUGUGUCUUUUUCCUUUCCUUUUUUAUUUCAGGAAACAGGAUUUACUCGAAGUCGUCCUCUGUACCUCAGAAAAACGUAUUUUUUUCUGUCAAUGUUGGUCAAGCUGUGACUUUAGAAUGUUCUUAUGAAAGUCAAAAUUCAAGACGGAUCUUCUGGUACAAGCAAAGUUUAGGUAAAAACCCUGAACUCAUAUCCAGUUUCUAUGUACAUGACACAGAAGUGACCUUUUAUGGUGAAUUCAAGAACAAUCCACGUUUCCUACUGGACAUAGAAGACCAAAAUCAUCACUUACAGAUUUUUAAUUUGCAAUUUUCAGACCCGGCUGCUUAUAACUGUGUUAGUUAUGAAUCUUACAAACUUAAAUUUUUGAAAAGCUAUACCAUCCAUGUGAAGGAUGCCUCUUUUUAUCUCAGGGAAUCAGUAGAUCUGUUGUCCAUGCAGGAGGCUGCAUGGACAAGAGACUCUGUGACUCUGAACUGUACAGUACACACUGGGAGCUGUGAUGGAGAACACAGAGUUUACUGGUUCAAAGACUCUGGAGACUCUCAUCCAGGACUCAUUUACACUCAUGGAGGCAGGAAUGAUCACUGUGAGAGAAACAACAACACAAAAACACACAGCUGUUUCUAUGAGCUGCCCAUGGAAAACUUGGAUGACUCUCAUGUCAGGAUCUACUGUGCUGUUGUCUCAUGUGGACACAUACUGUUUGGAAAGAUGGACCGCAAAGACUCUGCAGCUCCACUGAACUCUGUGAUUCUUCACACUUUGGUUGGAUUAUUGACCAUCAUGAGCGUCCUCGUUGUUUUUCUGCUUUUUCUUUUGUGGAAGAUCAACAAGAGCAACAACUGCACCUCCAAAGAGGAAAGAUCACCUGCUGCCCCCUUAAGAAGCACAGAGGCUGAGAACAAAGACACAGAAAGUCUCCAUUAUGCUGCUAUAAAUGUGAAGAGGUCCAACAGAUCAAGAAGACAGAAGAACGACUUAAACACAGAAUGUGUGUAUACGAGUGUGAGACAACAGAUCUAA